CUCAACGCCGGAACAGUCAGCAAGCUUCAAACUACUCUGUCGAAGAAGACGAAGUUAUUCAAAGAGCAGAAGGGCACGCACUUCCACAUCCGGCACCUCUAGAACGGCACCGCACGGUCUUCUACGAGUCCGACUCAAUAUCAUCAGCUACGGCCAAGGAACCGGCAUACUCAAGCGAAGACCGGGCCUAUUUAUCAGCUAAGAGUCUCGAGAGACAAGAACAAGGAGCCCUUUCAUCGUCGUUG